UAAAUACAUGAGCGGCACAGUGAUUUUGGUUUCAUAUAAUCGGAUCGCUGUCUGCAGAAACAUGAGGCCAGUGUUUUUGGGUUUGUUUCUGUGCGCUGUCCUUCCUCUGGUCAAUGCUGGAUGCUCCAUCAUGGCACACAACAAAGAAGAUAAGUUUUGCCGGGACUCAACAGAUAAGACUUGGCAUCCUGUUGGAUCCACUUGGAGAAACAGUAAAUGUAUGGAUUGUAAUUGUGUUGAUGACUCAAUGAGGUGCUGUGAUGCAAUGGGGACUCCGAUUUAUCCUGACAAGUGCUCAGUGGAGUACAACUACGAUUCAUGCACAUAUGAGGUUUUUGAGAAAGUUCCAUGUGCUCACGGUGCUGUGGGCAAAUGACGGCCAUGAAUCAGGGAAAGAAACCGAUCAUCAUUUUUCAGUUUUAUCUGCGGAUUUAAAGGGUAAUUACAGACAUGCCCAAAUGAACAUAGAAUUUGUAAUAUUAGGAAAGAUUAGGAAUUUUUUAGGUUUAAUGUUGAAAGAUGUCUCAGUGCAUCUAUAUAAAAUGUAUUAUAAUUGAGGAUUAAAUGAAUGAUUUCUGAAGGAUCAUGUGACACUGAAGACUGGAGUGAUGAUGCUGAAAAUUAAUCUUUGCCUUCAAAGUAAUACAUUUCAUUAAACAAUAUAUUCAGAUAUUCAAAUAAUAUUAUAAUGUUUUCACUGUAUUUGAGGUAUUUAGGCAUUUGAGAUUCAAACUGUAAAUGAAAUUACGUACAGAUACAAAAAUUUAAAUAAUAAAUUAAAUCAAUUAAAAGAUGUAAAUUCUAGUUUACAUUUUUAAAUGUACACCUGUGUUUAUAUCAAUAAAGCUGAAUCAAUACAA